AGAUGUCAAGACUAUCACAGAAAAAAAAAAUGGCGAUGUUCACGAAAACAUAAAUUUGACAGCUGUAGCGUUUCUGAGAAUAUAUUGAUAUACUAAUUACAUGACAUCCGUGAUGCGAAUAUAUAAGAAAUAAUUAUUUAAAAAUGUCGAGCAUCACGAUAUCAGCCAUAAGACCGCGAACCAGUAUCCUCGAUAAAUCGUUGAGCAAAGGUAAGGGAGAGGUUAGCCUGAGUUGUUUUGCCCUCUUGUUCUCCGAACUCGUACAGUACUGUCAAAACAGAGUCUACACCGUUCCGGAGCUACAAAAUAAAUUGGCGGAAAUGGGAGCCGAGGUCGGCCACAGGAUAACUGAUUUGCUCGUGAUGCGAGAAAAGAAUGGUAAACGCGAGAUAAAAUUGCUCAACGUAUUGUUAUUCAUCAAAAGUACAAUGUGGAAAUCCCUGUUUGGCCGGGAGGCCGACAAGCUGGAACAUGCCAACGACGACGAGCGUACAUAUUACAUCAUCGAGAAGGAAUCUCUGGUAAAUAAAUUUGUAUCUGUACCCAAGGACAAGGGAAGCUUGAACUGCGCCUCCUUCGUCGCCGGUAUCGUAGAAGCUGUACUUUGCGACUGCGGCUUUCCUGCAAAGGUAACCGCUCACUGGCACAAGGGAACUACGUAUAUGGUUAAGUUCGACGAUGCUGUUGUCGCGCGUGAUAAACAACUUGAAGAUCGGUAAUAGAAAAAGAAAAAAACUAUAUCAAGAGAAUAUAUAUAAUGUAUCUGUAUAAAGCUUAUCCUAAUUAUUAAGGUAUAAAUCGAUAAGGUCCUUAAUUAUCGAGUUACAUAUUUUAGAUACAUGCAUUUUUUUAUUUUUGAAACUAGCCUUUUUUGUGGAUUAAUUAAAUUUUACAAAAACCUUCAUAUUUUUUUUGAAAAAUCUUGGUUCUCUCUAGUGUUACAUUUAAAAUUAGUAUUAUGUUUUGAUAAUUUAUUCCGUUAUACAAUGAUACAUUACAACUACGCUUAUAUUUUGCUAAAUAAUUAUGUAUCUAAUAUUUUAGAGAAAUUUAUAAUCUCUGUCCGCAUAACUGACUUGCCCAGUACGAUAUAAAUGUUCUCGUGCAUCCUGCGGGAAAUACAGUGUUGAAGUACAUCU